AUGGCCUCCCACCGCAUCGGCGCCCGCCUCGCGGGAGCUUCGCCAGAGCAACUCCUCGCCUUCAUCGAGGAGCAGGCGCCCCUCUGGAGCGACGCCGCGCUGCGCGUGGCGGAGGAGCACGCCGCACGGCUCGUGGAGCAGCCCGAGUGGGUGCUCUCCGAGGUCCUCCUCUCGCCGGACCUCGCCCCGCACAUCCUCGCCCAGCUGCCGACCACGGAGCACGCCGUCAAGGGGACGUGCCGCGCGUGGCGCCGCGGCUGGAAGGAGACGCUGACGAAGCGCGAGAGGCCGCGCCUGGUUGGAGACACGUCGUCGGACGAGAGCGGCGACCGCCCCAUCAUCCCGUGGAUGUCGGCUGCGCACGCGAGGAUCCGAGAUGCGAUCUCGGAGCUGCAGGAGCAGGAGCAGGACGAGUUCUCCCUCGAUGACUUUUUCGUCAAAGUCUUUCCCAACCUGAUGACGCAUGCGACGCCGCAAAAGGAGCGGGCGACGGCAAUGCACUUCCUGAUGAAGGAGCUCAACCGGCUCGAGGACGACGACAUCGAGGAUGUCAUGUUGCGCGAUGAUCCAGAGAGAUCAAAAACGCUCGGCCCAAUAAAGUCCAAUCAUGCGCACAUGCUGUCGACGACGAAAGUGCCGCCACGCGUGGCAGCGAACGUGGCGCCGCCGCAGUGGGCGACGCUUGGUGUUGGAUCUCAUGUGUCAGUGUCGGCCGUGUGGCAGGGCGCGCGCGGUUUGGGGGGCCUCCUGCCCGUCAGCUCGUGCUCGCCCGGAGGAUCCGACUCACCCGCGACGACCAACUCCGGCGGCUCCGCCGCGUGA